AUGCUUUAUUUGCAAGAAACUAAGAAACAGUUUUUAGACAAUAGUAUUUUGGAGUAUUCUACUGUUCGAUUGCUUCCAAAAGGAUCGAAACGAAUGCGACGUGUUAUCAAUCUGAGUAAAGUGCCAAAUAAG